CGCAUCAAGUGUGUGUUUGACAAAAGUCGCGCAUGUUUCACUCUUCUGCGGUUUCUGCCUUACCUAGCUGGGGGACUGAAGAUAACUGUUUGGUGAAGUCUUUAAAUUAUUCUUCAUUUCAAGAUUAAACAGUGAUAUACUUAUCCCAAUCAUGUCGGGAGACGUACGAGGCAAGAUUAUUGACGGGAAAGCUAUAUCGGCAGAGUAUCGAGCUGAGCUGAAGGAAGAGGUGACCAAACUCAAAUCUGAGAAUCCAGGGUUUGCACCUGGUCUUGCGAUUGUUCAGAUUGGGGACCGUGAUGAUUCUAAUCGCUACAUCAAGCACAAGCUGGCAGCAGCUGAGGAGAUUGGUAUAACUGCAAAUCACUACAAGCUUCCAAGAUCAAUCACAAUACAAGAGGCCCUGAAUAAGAUUAACGAGUUAAACAAUGAUCCCAAAGUGCAUGGAAUCAUUGUCCAGAUGCCACCAGACUCUGACGUCCCAAUGGAUCAAGACACAUUAGCCAAUGCUGUCAUUCCCAGCAAAGAUGUUGAUGGGUUGCAUGUGCACAAUGCUGGUAAAUUGGCAAGGGGAGAGCUGGAUUCCUGCUUCGUUCCAUGUACACCAAAAGGAUGCAUGGUGCUGUUGAGGCGUAGUGGAGUCGAAGUUGAGGGCAAGCGAGCUGUGGUGAUGGGACGUAGCAAGAUAGUCGGUGCCCCGAUGUCAGACCUACUUCGUGGUCACAAUGCUACGGUUACCGUCUGCCAUUCCCGCACCAAGGUUCCUGCCACAGUGGUUGCAGAGGCUGAUAUUGUUGUUGUAGCUAUCGGCAAGGCUCGCAUGGUGAAGAGAGACUGGAUCAAAGACGGUGCAGUGGUCAUUGACUGUGGAAUCAACUUCAUUGAUGAUGAAACUGCAAAGAGUGGUCGCCGUCUAGUCGGCGAUGUCGAUUUCAAUGACGUAAAGGAAGUCGCAUCUCAGAUCACCCCAGUGCCUGGUGGUGUUGGCCCCAUGACUGUCGCCAUGCUGAUGAGCAACACGCUAGAGGGCGCUAAGAGGACGCUAACCAAAGCAAAUACUGACCAAUGGAAGAUUCGAUACCUCCCGAUUACACCUCUAUCUCCUAUACCGUCAGACAUCGAUAUCUCACGAGCCCAAACCCCGAAGGAUGUUGCAGAGAUCACUCAGGAGUUAUGUCUCUUGCCUUCAGAGAUUGACUUCUACGGCAAGAAGAAGGCCAAAGUUUCUCUUCGCAUACUGGAUCGACUCAAAGACCAACCUAAUGGAAAAUAUGUUGUUGUUGCUGGAAUCACCCCAACCCCCCUUGGGGAAGGGAAGAGCACCACAACGAUUGGGCUGUGUCAGGCCCUGGGGGCACACAUCAAUAAGAAUGUGUUUGCGUGCGUACGUCAGCCGUCACAGGGACCAACAUUUGGCAUUAAGGGUGGGGCUGCAGGGGGAGGUUACUCACAAGUCAUUCCUAUGGAAGAGUUCAACCUGCAUCUGACUGGAGACAUUCAUGCAAUCACAGCAUCUAACAACCUCCUGGCUGCAGCCAUCGAUGCCAGAAUGUACCACGAGGCUACGCAGACAGAUAAGGCCCUCUAUGGCAGAUUAGUGCCAGCCAAGAACGGAGUCAGACAGUUUUCACCGAUCCAAAUGAACAGACUAAAGAAACUUGGUAUUGAUAAGACAAAUCCUGAUGAUCUGACUGAUGAUGAGAUUAACAAGUUUUCUCGAUUGGACAUUGAUAUAUCAACACUCACUUGGCAAAGAGUGAUGGACACAAACGACCGUUAUCUCCGCAAGAUCACCAUCGGCCAGUCACCAACGGAAAAAGGCAUUACAAGAGAAACUCAGUUUGACAUCACGGUAGCCAGUGAGAUCAUGGCCAUUCUUGCUCUGACUAGUAGUCUGCGUGACAUGAGGGAGAGGAUUGGUAGGAUUGUGAUAGCCAGUGAUAAGUCAGGGAACCCUGUGACGGCUGAGGAUGUUGGUGUGAGUGGUGCCUUGACUGUUCUGAUGAAGGAUGCCAUCCGACCAAACCUUAUGCAGACGUUAGAGGGUACCCCUGUGUUUGUGCAUGCAGGUCCGUUUGCUAAUAUUGCUCAUGGUAACUCAUCAAUUCUUGCUGACAAGAUUGCGCUGAAACUGGUUGGAAAAGAUGGUUUUGUAGUUACUGAAGCAGGCUUUGGUGCUGACAUCGGUAUGGAGAAAUUCUUCAACAUCAAGUGUCGAUAUUCUGGGCUUCAGCCUAAUGCUGUUGUCCUGGUAGCCACUGUCCGAGCACUCAAGAUGCAUGGUGGGGGACCUACGGUUGUAGCAGGUCAGCCACUCCCUAAAGAGUACAAUGAGGAGAAUCUUGAGCUGCUUGAGGCAGGAUUCUGUAAUCUACGCAAACAAAUUGAGAAUGCAUCCUUCUUUGGUGUUCCCUGUGUUGUGGCCAUCAACAGGUUUGGGACUGACACUGACAAUGAGUUGCAGUUGAUCCAGACUCUGGCCAGGGGGGCAGGGGCUUAUGAUGCUGUUGUGGCAACCCACUUCAGUCAGGGCGGGGCAGGGGCAGCCUUGCUUGCAUCUGCCUUGGAGAAGGCCUGCCAACAACCAAGUAACUUCCAGUUCUUGUAUGACCUAAAGCUCCCCAUUGAGGAAAAGAUAGCCAUCAUCGCCCGUAAAAUCUACGGUGCCGACGGUAUAGAGCUCUCGGAAGAAGCUCAGAAAAAGGUUGACCGCUACCGUAGCCAAGGAUUCAAUGACCUCCCGAUCUGUAUGGCCAAGACACAUCUGUCCUUGUCACAUGACCCGACAAAGAAAGGUACACCCACAGGAUUUACACUGCCAAUUAGAGAUGUAAGGGCGAGUGUGGGGGCAGGUUUCCUGUAUCCACUCAUAGGAACGAUGAGCACUAUGCCUGGCCUCCCAACCAGACCUUGCUUCUUUGACAUUGACAUCGACCCUGAAACAGAGGUCAUCACAGGUUUGUUCUAAACGCAAGAGCUAUUUUGACCUUUGCAUUGAGGUUAUCGCAGGAAGACUUGUUCUUCAUGCAAAGCUGUCAUGGUAUUUGCAUAAAGAUCACACAGCCUUGUCUAAGACAGCCCCUUAAAAUAAAAAACAUUAGUUGGUCAGGGAAAAAGUAAUUUUUAUAAAAGAGAAUUUAUUCUAAACAAAUAUGAAAAUAUCCACAAAGUAUACACAGAAUGGUUCUACUUAUUAUUUCCUUAGUUUAUGAUUUUCCUUGAUCUAUAUAAUAUCUACAUUCAAGAAAGUUUGUUUUUUAUGGUAAUCAUCUGUAAUUAAAGUGAUACAUUAAAUAAACUUACUCGUGUUUAUUUUAGAUAAUUUGUAACUAUGUAAGCACAAAAAUAUAUUGAAAUAUUGAAUUUUUUAAUACAAAAAUAGUCAAUUUGAUUAUGUUGAGGCAUUUAAAAGUGGAUGAUGAGUUUACAAAAAAGAAAUUUGUGCAAACAAAAAGUACACAUUCUGAUUUGUUUGACACUUACGAAGUAUGACUAAGGAAUUGGACUGCAGUCACUAUAUGCCCUUGGUUUGGGUCUACAAAAAGAUCUUAUAUUAUUAAGAAUUUUAAUAAAGUUCAUCAGGGAUAGAUGAAAUCUAUGAUGUAGAAAAAUUUAAAGCAGCACUGUGUAAUCAAAUUGUUACACCACUUGCUUUGUUUUUCAGUGACAGGUCAAACUCAGGACAUUGCACUGCUACAAGCCUCUCUACAUUGUAUUUCCACCAUUUUUCAAAAUGUACUUCUGUGAAUGUAGGGUUUGUCAAGACAUUCCAAACAAUGAAUUAAAAAAAAUGCAUCAACCAGUUUA